GAAAUCGGAGGUUUAUCGAAAACGAAAGAAUUUCGGCAACCAUUUUGAAUGAAGCUAACUGCAGUUAGAGUCAUCCAGCUGUGGAACAGUGUAUAUGUUCAUAUGUUCAGGAUUUUAUUUCAUUUUGCUCUGUUUAAUAACAUCAGCUGCCAAAAUACCAGCUCACGAUGAAAAUAAUGAAGUAUGGAGCUACAUGUGCGAUUGUAUUGGUGCUAGACAUGGUUAUCGGAGCCAAUACAGUAUUUGGUGAGACAAUAGGCAGCUGUCCUAAGAGAGAGCAGAUGUUAUGUAAGAAGAGAGAUAUCAUCAGUUUAUGGAAGGAGCUGUCUCACGAACUCGGUGAACUGAAAGAGGAGAUGGUUAACAUAAAUGAAACUGUGAAUAAUUUGAAGAAGGAUGAACUAGGUGAAUUGAAACAGGAGAUUGAUGACAUAAAGGAAGCUUUGAAUGAUGUUAAGAAAGAAAUACUGGGGAUCGAGAAUCCAAUUCAGAUUCCACCUCAUAUGGACUGCAGUGGCAACAGAAGCUUUACAGGUGUUAGAACAAUCCAACCACAUGGACAAAAUGCAUUCAGAGCGUACUGUAGUGGCGGUUGUGUUUACAUAGCCAGGCGCUUUGAUGGGAGUGUUGACUUCUACAGGGACUGGGUAGAGUAUCAGUCAGGAUUUGGUAACCCAGAAGGAGAAUAUUUCAUUGGCCUGGACAACCUUCAUGGUUUAGUAACUCAAGAGAAAUAUAAACUAAGAGU